UGCACGUGCGCACGAGAUGGGCGGGUUGCUCUUCCAUAUAUGGUUGGCACUUCCUUUCCGGACGGUGUAGAGAUGAGCAUCACGUCUCGCCCGCGCCACGGCUCCUUUCCCAGUUCACAGCACAACAGCUUCAUUAGCUUCAAUAUGAAAAUGCAAAACUGUGACUUAUAGGGCUUUCAUUUCUUCUUCUUCUCAUCUUCUUCUUUCUUUAAUUUGGGUAAUUUCUUUCGUCGAUCAUUGUGGAAUGGUCCGCGCUUUCUCCUCUGGUCGUGUUUACUUCAGCAUGGGAACUGCGGCGUCCAAAAGGAAAAAUCUUAGGAGUGAUGCGAUAUCAUCCGUGGCCGCAAAAGUUCGCGCAGCCAGAGCGUUUGGAGAAUACGUGUCCAAUCCCAAUUCAGAACACCGCAACAGAGCAGAUCAGCUGUUAUCUGACACCAUCCCUGGCCAUAGCUGUGACUCUCCAGACAUCAGUCACUUGCAGAACAACAAUCUGCCACUUCAGAGCCACUCUUUGCCAAUAGCUAAAUCAAGCAAGACUGGUCAGUCCAAUUGUAGUGCCCAGAUACAAGCCCAACCUCAGUCCUACCCAGUCAAAGCUCACGGACCUUCUAAACGUAGACUCUCUGCUGAGCGGAGCCUCUCCACAGAGAACCCACCAAGCACCAAAGACUCAGAGGGUUGUGUGACAGUGAAGCCAGCUAGGGUGUACACAAUCACAAAAGAGGUAGUGAUGACUCUGGGCCGAGGCAGUGAGGAAAGCCUGGAAUUGGAGGUGCUGAAGAGCAGCAAGGAAGAUCCACUUUCCCACACGCAAUGCCACAACUCGGCUUGCACUGACCAGCGAUCAUCUGCCCGUGGUAGCCAUUACCGUAGUAGUCAUCACCGCAGUAACCAUUGCCAUGCCCACCAGAAUCAGGGAGGCCCUUUGUCAUCAUCUCAAUCACUGCAGAGCUCUGACAGUGCGAGUAACAUCCGAGACUGGGGCUUGAGGAAAGGAGGUUCAAAAGAUGACAGCACUCCAGAUUGUGUGACCUGUAUUCGUGCCCCAUGUCAAAGACAGCGCUCCCUGGACCUGGAUACCUCACCACGGAAUGGGAGGAAGCACCUUAAGAAACUAGAGAGGAUGUACAGUGAGGAUAGAACAUCUACUGAUGACAAGGAAGAUAAUUCCAAUAGCUGGUUCCCAAAAGAAAACAUGUUGAGCUUUCAGACAGCAACUACCACCAUGCAAGCAAUAUCGGCUUUCCGGGGCAUUGCUGAGAAAAAGAGACGGAAAAGAGAGCAGGAUGCAGCCACCGUGAUCGAGAGAAACUUCCGCAAACAUCUUAGGAUGGUGGGAAGCCGAAGGAUGAAGGUCCAGACCUUUGCCGAUCGCAGAGCCAAGAGCUUCAGCCGCUCAUGGAGUGAUCCCACCCCUGUCAAGCCUGACUCACUGCAUGACUCCAGAGACAGUGGUGAUCUCCAGACCUCAUCGGGGACCCUCAAUGAAGGGUUGGAUGAGGAUGUUGACUGGGGGGAUGAAAGAGAGAUGGAGAGAGUUGCCUGUGAAGGAGAUGACUUUGUCCCACCUAAAAUCAUUCUGAUAUCCUCCAAGGUUCCAAAGGCUGAGUAUGUUCCAAACAUUAUUCGUAGGGAUGACCCUUCCAUCAUUCCAAUUCUUUAUGACCACGAGCACGCUACAUUUGACGACAUCCUUGAGGAGAUCAAGAAGAAGCUGACUGCCUACAGAAAAGGCUGCAAAAUUUGGAACAUGCUCAUUUUCUGCCAAGGAGGACCCGGUCAUCUGUAUCUACUGAAGAAUAAAGUGGCAACCUUCGCCAAAGUAGAAAAAGAGGAGGAUAUGAUCCAGUUCUGGCGGCAGCUGGGCAAGCUGAUGAGUAAGCUGAACCCUGAGCCCAACCUCAUCCACAUCAUGGGGUGCUAUGUUCUCGGCAGUGCAAAUGGAGAAAAGUUGAUUCAGACUUUGAAGAGGCUGAUGAGACCAUCCUCUGUUGAAUUCAAGUCCCCUCUGGAACUGUCAGCACAGGGUAAAGAGAUGAUUGAGAUGUACUUUAACUUCCGCUUGUUUCGCCUGUGGAAAAGCCGCCAGCACUCGAAAAUGUUGGACUACGACGACCUGCUGUGAUGAUGAAGCUCCAUUUUCUGGCUUGUUGGUCAGUUGUCUCAUACCUG